CAUCACGUAUUGUCCAAGAUCUGUCGGAAGGAAGAUCGGUAUUGUCCAAAUCGAAAAGAAAAAAAAAGUGUUUUGUCUUUCUGCUGAUCAGCUUCGGAUCAAUAAUCCGAAAGAUGGAUCCGAACCAGGCACCAGUUGAGAACUAUGCAAACCCAAAGACAUGUCUCUUCCAUGUUCUCUUCAAGGGUGCUGCGUUGGCGUUUUAUAUUCUCUCUGCUCUAUUCUUCAACAGCUUUGUGAUAAUCUUUGUAGUGACUGUUCUUCUUGCUGCGCUUGACUUCUGGGUGGUUAAGAAUGUGAGUGGGCGUAUACUUGUUGGUCUCAGGUGGUGGAAUGAGAUCGAUGACUUGGGUGAAAGUGUGUGGAAGUUUGAGUCUCUUGACCAGGAGUCCUUGGCUCGGAUGAACAAGAAAGACUCAUGGCUUUUCUGGUGGACGCUUUACCUUGCAGCAGCUGCAUGGUUCAUCCUUGGUGUAUUUUCACUGAUAAGGUUUCAGGCAGACUAUUUACUUGUUGUUGGCGUUUGCUUGUCCCUCAACGUGGCUAAUAUCAUCGGCUUCACAAAGUGCAAGAAAGAUGCAAAGAAACAACUUCAACAGUUUGCUUCACAGACAAUCGCAUCACGGUUCCAAUCCACUGUACAAUCUGCCUUCACCCUUGUCUGAAAAAAAGAAAGAAAGAAAGGUUUUUUGACUGAGGUGUAUUGUAUUUUUUGUCUGUUACAUGUAUCUUUACAUUUUUCUGACAUACUAUAUUUAGCAUUUUUGCGUAUGUCCUAUGGUCGUAUGCGUUAUGUUUAGCACCAAAAGAAGUUUCAAUACGUAACAUCUCUCGAUGGUAUGAUGCAACCUUCAUUUUUAAGAUUUUCUUUUCAAGUAUGGAAUUGAUGUAGACGAUAGAUAGACUUAUGGAGAAGAGAGAAAC